UUAUCGCGCGUCGAAGGCCUGGACAGUUCCUCGACGCCGUUAUCUCUGCUGACAACGGACGCUUCCACUCUCGGUGGAAAACAUGUACGAGUAAUCGUUAAAGACGAAAGAUUGAAUUCUCGAACGCCCAGCCAAAGAGGAAAUCAGAACGUGCUGUUACGGAAAGCCAGUGGGAAUUAUCGGAGUCGAAGCGGUCGUUUCUUCAGCGUUUCCACCGAGGAUACGAAUGUUGACUCCGAGACUGGUACGACGAUUUCUUCCGGUCGAAGUUCUGCCGGACUCAAAGCUAGUAAACAGCGAUGGAGCGGGUUCUUCACCAACACUAAGGGUAUCAAGAUGGACUCAUUAACCGCCCAGCUAGACGAGUACAACAAACACGGCGUACCGAAACUCGCGAACAUUCAUUUGCAAUGCGACGUGACGAUCAACGAAGAAGCUCUUUACAAUUUAGAGGGAGACUGGCGCGACAUCGUCGAGAAUUCACAGAUGCUUUCUGAAAAACACACACAGCAGCAAACUGCACUCUGGGAACUGGCUGAAACCGAAGUAGCCUACAUUAAGACGUUAAAGGUUGUGACCAAUCUCUUCAUGGCGUGUCUCUGUAGCCUGCAAGCCUCGAAUAUCUUGAUCGAGGUCGACAGGCUGAAACUCUUCAGCAAUAUACCUGAUAUCUACGCCGCUAAUCGCUACUUUUGGACCGAGUACCUACUCGCGAUGGUGAAUGCGUCGCGGUCGAGCGGGCAGCCGCUCGAUCCCGGCCAUCUUCUACUGGGUUUCGAAACUUUCGAGCAAACGUUCGCGCCUUACACGAGAUACUGUACCGAGCAGAGCAAGUGUCAGCAGUAUUGCAAGGAUCGGUUAAACGAUAAUCAGCUUUUCACAGCAUAUUUGGUGUGGUGCGAAACGCAAAAGGACUGCAACCGACUUAAACUUAUGGAUAUAUUGGUUAUGCCGAUGCAGAGACUCACUAGAUAUUCGCUUCUGCUCAAAGCCGUCUAUAAGAAUACAGAGAACGAGGAUCAACGCACGGAAUUGAUACACAUGAUUAAAUCCGUGGAUGAUUUUGUGGUGUCCGUGAAUGCUGCGCUAAGGAGAAACGAGGAGGCUGCUCAGCUAGACCAUGCAGCCUCGCGUCUGGAAUGCUAUGACGUCGUGGAAUCCAAAGGGCUCGAUGAGGAAGUGGAGAAACUGAUAAAGUUGUACAGUAAUCUCGAUAUUACUACAGCGCCGAUGCCCGGCUGCCCAAAGGAUAGCUUGAGGACUCUCCUUCGAGAAGGAGACUUGAAGUUAAGAGACGCUGCCACCAGCAAGAUGGAAGUGCACGUACUUUUGUUGACCGACAUGCUGCUAAUCUGCAAACCGUCGACGAAGAAAAUGUUGAAGAUCAUUAGGCAGCCAUACGUCGUCGACCGCAUACGAAUACACGAGGUCAAGGAGCCAUCUAGUCUUGGAUUGGUUUAUCUUAAUGAGUACGGGACAGUUUCUGCCGCUUUAAUUCUCAGCGCCGGUGACCCGAAACUAGCUAAGUCAUGGAUGGACUCCUUGAAACAAGCUCAACAACAAUUUGUAUCGAUGAAAGUUCCGUCACUCGGUGAGCCCGUUAUGAAUCUGGCGCCUGUCAGCAGGCAGCCGAGCACAUUGGGCGAUGGCGAUUUCGAAGUAGAAGAGUAUGACAAUACCUUUCCAAGAACUCCACGUGGCAGUAGCAGAGCUUCGCACGGCAGCAGUCUUGCUCACAGUCACAGUGGUAGCAUGGAGAUGGAAGGUGCAUCUCCGGGUAGCAGCAGCUUCCUACCGAGCUACAACCCCAGCAGAAACGUCAGCGUGGAUACAAACGAGCAACCGCGAGCGUCGAGCUCGCUGUCGUCGGAAGAAGGCGGCGAAUCCAGCUCCGGACACAAUCAUCGAACUAUGAACAUGAGGCGCUCGUUGAUGAAUAAAUCGCCGACACCGAACACGCUGAGCGUCCACGUGCCGUAUUCGAGUCUAGGUCAAUCGCUGCCCAAUCUAACGCUAGCCACGUCACCACAGACUUCCACUGUAUCGCCAACACCGCCGAACUCGCUACUGAUUGUACCGCAGAUGACCAAGAGCAAGGACACUCUACUUUCACCAGGACACCGAGGUAGCAAUUACCGACGCGAAUCUCUCUGCCUAUGUUUGUCGGGUUCUUUCAAGACCAAAGCCUUUCAAUGGGGACUCCCUGUCACAUCACGCACGCAGAUUAGAUCAUAAAUGCACGCAGAUUAGAUCAUAACAUAUAAAUUACUAUUACAAGUACGAAUGACCAAGCGCUCCUCUAUUUCAAAACUAUUUUAAUACCAUUUGCUUGUUAGAAAUAGCGGAAUUGUCAUCCAAGGCGCAGGUAUGAGAGAAACAUAACAUCGAGAUUGUACCGUAGCUUAGUGUAGAUUUUAUUAAACAUAAAAUGACACACAUGAUGGCUUAAUAGAAUUAUUCUAAAUGCUGAUGUUCGAGAACUUCUUCAAAUAUUAAUAAAAUUAGUAUUUUAUUUA